CAAACUAGUUUGCACCAGGCACAUCAUCUUUCUGCAGCAGUAAGAAACUUCUUAAAUGCGCCGUUUGAGUUGGGAAAAACGGGAGAGAAGAGUCUUUUGACGAACGCAUGAAAAUUACACAAGAAUUAUAUGAGUGAUUCUUCAUGGACUUGCUGGGGAGUCCAAGCAGCCACUCUAAAGCAGCCAUGGUCUUUAUGAUCUUACUUCAAACUGGCUGCAGAAAUCCAGAGUUCAAAAAGGAGCUUUUCGAGCUGAGCAGGGAGCUGAAUGUGAACUGGGAUGAUGUGGCCAAGUUUCAUGCUCUUCUAGACGGGGAUCUGGAAAGUGAUGGGCACCUGCCCUGUAGCACCAGAGACUGUGUUGGUGAUAUUCACCCUGUAGCUGAACUUCACUGGCCAGGUAACCAUGGCAAUGCAGAAGCAGUUCAGGAGGUUGCAGCAGGACUUAGAGAAAUUGCGGACCAUUUUGACUACAGCGCUGUGAAUCGGAGUACGCAAAACCUGCUCAGGGAACUGUUAGCGUCCCCGUUUCAUUUGUGGCAAGAACACCUGACCAGGGAGGUGCAGUGGGUGCUUGGGCAUGGCGUGGGCGUGGGGCUGGAGCAGCUCCCCCAGGAGCGUGUCCUUGCGGCUCUGACGCUGACCCUGUUAAAGGGCGUGUGCGAGCAGGUCCCUUGUCUGUUGAGACAUCUUUUCAUGGCCGCACUGCAAUACAUCAACUCCGUGAUGGACAGGUGACUUCUGAGCUGCAGCCUGGAGGAGGAGGAAGUUGUGGUCCAAGAACACAGAAUCUGAAAAGGGGAUCUGGUCCCUGUGCAGUGGAGUGAGAGUCAACCCGGAGUAUCAACAAUAUGUAUUUUUCAAAGAUAGUCACAAUGAAUUGACUUUACACUUAUAUUUAAUGAAGUUUGACACCUGCAGCUUCAAUGAAGGGAAUUCUUAAUUUAGUUUACACUUGCUCUAGUGACCCCCGACCCCCCCCCCAAUUUAUACUUGAAAUAAUGUGCCUUUUGUGUUCACUCAUCUUGUUUUGUGAUGCAUGUAGCUUAUAUUUUGUUCAUGAAGCUUACUGGAAAACUGGAUUUUCAAUGUAUUGUCAAAUGUACAUUUCAGAUAAAAAGUCCAUUCUUUCA